GUAAUGGUCAUUAUUAAUGCUUGUUAUAAUUUACAUUUAAUUUUGAAGCAAUGGAAAAAGAAAGAUUUACAAUGCUCCUUUUGGAACCUGGGGAAAUCUUUUUUGAAGAUUACAGUGUUCAAAUGGAAAUGCUCGAUACUUCUACUUCCAAAGAGCAAAAAUGGAUAGAUGGAAGAUUGAAAUUAUGUUCAAAAUCUUUGGUAUUUGUAAAUAAGGAUAUUAACUUGCCUUUAAUAAAAAUACAACUGAAAGAAGCCAUAGCUAUUGAUCAAUGUGAAUCUGGCAGUGACAUAAUGAAACGUACCAAUGUUCUGUCAGUCCAAUGUAAACAGUAUGUAGAAAUGUUGGAAAAAAAUAUACUUGCGCCAUACAAGUUUAUUCAUGAACAUGCUACUUUCUACUUUUACUUUAAUUAUGCAAAAGUAGAAGACUGUCUUCCGCAGAUUUUGCAAUUGCUUAGAGCAGCUACGUUACCAACUGCUGAACAGAAUGCCAUGAUUAUGGCCAUUGUACACUCCAGACAAUCUAGAGUCUCAUUUGAUACAUCUUGGUUGGAAGAUUUAUACGAACAGGUUGUGUUAGAAAGUCAAGCAAAUAAAGUACUACCUCUUGUCAUAAAUCCAGGAAGAAUACUUUUAACAACCUCUAGAAUUUAUUUCCAACCUUAUAAUAAUUUAGAUCAGCAUCCUGUUCUAAAAAUACAGCUGAAGGAUAUCAGCAAUAUUAUAAAGAGAAGAUUUCUCUUAAGACAAGUUGGGCUUGAAAUUAAAUGGAUAAAGCAGCCAGAAAAUAAGGCUGAACAUUUGUUCAUAUCAUUAAAAAAUCAAAAAGAUAGGGAUGAACUUUAUAUGAAUUUAUUAAAUCAACCAACAGUGUCUUUAGAGGGAAUACCUCAGGAUCAAAUGACCAUGAGAUGGCAACAUGGUUCUUUAUCAAAUUAUGAUUACCUGUUAUACAUUAAUAGUUUAGCGGAUAGAACUUUUCAUGAUUUGACUCAGUAUCCAGUAAUGCCAUGGGUAAUACAAGAUUACACAUCUUCUGUAUUGGAUUUGAGUAAUCCUAAUAUAUACAGAGAUCUUUCCAAACCUAUUGGAGCACUUAAACCAAGUAGAUUAGAAAGAUUGAAGGAACGAUAUACGGAAAUGUCUGAACCAAAGUUUUUAUACGGUUCACAUUAUAGUGCACCAGGAUUUGUAUUAUUUUAUUUAGUACGAAAAUACCCUCAGUAUAUGCUGUGUCUACAAAAUGGAAGAUUCGAUCAUCCGGAUAGAAUGUUCAACAGUCUAGCUGACGUAUGGAAAAAUGUUUUGGUGAACAUGUCUGACUUUAAAGAACUGGUCCCGGAAUUUUAUGACACGACCAGUGGCGGUGAUUUUUUGGUGAAUAGUUAUGGUAUCGAUUUUGGCUAUCGAUAUGACGGUACAAAAAUAGGAGAUGUACAGUUACCACCGUGGGCAAAUGGACCAGCACAUUUCAUACAAGUAUUAAGAAAUGCUUUGGAAAACGAUCACGUAUCUGAGAAUCUUCAUCAUUGGAUUGAUUUAAUAUUUGGAUACAAGCAACGAGGAAUUGAAGCGGAGAAAGCUGAUAAUAUAUUUUUUCAUUUAUGCUAUGAGGGAGCAAUAGAUUUAGACACUAUUCGAGACAUUAAUGAUAGACACGGUUUAGAGAUACAAAUUAUGGAGUUUGGUCAAAUACCAAAGCAAGUUUUUACUCUACCUCACCCUAAGCGUUCUGCUUCAUCGCUGGAUAAAUUAUAUACUGAAACUGCUUUAAUGUCUAUCAAAUGUGGAGCAGAAGAUAAAAAUCCCAUUGAAAAGUCCUUUGAACUACGUGAAUUAAUGACAUUCCAGUCCCAUAAGGAAAGUGUAAGCAGCAUUACCAUGACGAAUACGGAGACAAUCGAUGAAAUAAUAUCAGUGGGACAAGAUGGAAUGCUUAAAUUAUACAGUAUUAUAAACAAAAAAUUAACGCGUAGCGUAGCUUUAUCAAUGCUACCGCUUUCUUCUUGCAUAUCUUAUAACACAUCCUCUCAUCGUAAUGUAUUAGUUGUGGGCUCCUGGGAUAAUUCAUUAAUAUUUUAUGACGUGGAAUUUGGCAGAGUGAUAGAUACUUUGCAAGGACACGAGGACGCUGUUUCUUGUUUAGUUUUAAGUCCUUCUCGUCAGAUUAUUAUAUCCGGUUCGUGGGAUUGUACAGCAAAAGUUUGGCAAAGCUAUGUUUCUGGGCCAAAAAUUAAACCAGCAGAGUGCCUUAUUGCACAGUUGGAUCAUGAAUCUAAAGUGACAUGUAUUAAUAUAUCAAGGGAUGAAACGUUACUAGUAUCUGGUACAGAGGAUGGAGAAAUCUUUUUGUGGAACCUUGAUUCUUAUAACUUACAAUUUACUGCAAAAGGACACACUUGCAAAGUGAACGCAGUGACAUUUGAUCAACAAGGCAAAAGUAUAAUAUCGUGUGCAGAAGAUAACGUAUUGAAUAUAAUUGAUGUUCACACAAGUACACAAAUUUAUCGUACAACUAUAGAAUACGAACCUUUGACAUUGACGUGGUUGGAAACGUUUUUACUGAUAGGAGACAGUAAUGGAAACAUUAAUGUAUGGAACCGUCAAGGUGGAAUUUUUGUUUCACAAAUACAUUGUCAUGAUGGACCAAUUUAUGCAUUAUCGGUAUCCGCAGAGAAUAAUGUGAUUUUAACCGGUGGUAAGGAUAAAAAAAUAAUUGUAUGGUAUUGUAAAAAGUUAUGAUUUUUUUUUUAUGUAAUACCCGAAACGUUUGUUUGUUGUUGAUCGUGAAGUUAUAUUAAGAAUGUUUAACUUAGGAACUAAGUAUAGCGGGUAAAUCGAUUACGUUUGAAACAAUCGUACUGUAUUCACAAUCUGACAAAUUAUUAUAAU